GCUCUUCAAACUUGAAAGUUCAAACCCCAGCGAAUGCAUUUCAAGCUGCCCAAGCCUGCCAAGGCGCAAAACUUCCAAAAGGGACAUCAGGCAUUCAGUACCACCUGGAAGAUCUCAAAAAGCUGUCCUGCAUUCCAUUCUGUCCUCCUGACUCUCCACUUUCAGAUUUCAAGCCCCUCACUUCCAAGCGGUCGCAUUUGCUUGCAGAGCUUUGGAAUUUAGAAGGCGCAGCUUUUCGAGAGGACUCUGCAGAGGGUUCUUGUCUGGAUCCUGCCCGUAAAGCAUAUAGGACUUGUUUUGAGAUCAUUUUGAUGCUGACGUCUCUGCCUACUCGCUUCUCGCAAGUGGUCGUUCCCAGCAACUGUUUUCUGUUAUGCUGACAAUGAGGAGCAGGAAGCAGCAGCAUCAAAACCAUAACUUCCUACGAUCAGUACAAUAAGAAGUGGUGCUCUAAAAUAGUUUGCUACCAUCAUGGGCCCUGUAGAAAGAUUGCCAAGGGUGCGGACAAGGUCAACGAGCAUUGCUAUAGAAGGGGAGGAAAACACAGCGACAGGCAAGAGGCUCAGGGUGAAAGCAGAGGCGCUAUCGACAAGGGGUGCCAUAAAGAAGCGUCCUGCUUUGGCUGAUGUGACAAAUGCUCUUAGUCAAAGGCCUCAAACUCGAGGCAUCUCCAAGGUCCGCAAGGAAGUGACUGCUGAACAACCGGUCUUGUUAAACAGAGAUGUGCACCUUAGAGAGCCAGCAAGAGAGCCGGUAGGGACAGGCCCAGCGUAUGAGUUGCCUAGCAUUGAGCGUGGAGAAGGCCUCAGCCAGUUCUCAGCAACGGUGGUAGCAGCCCUCGAAAGGAGCACAAAGCAGAGUCUAGUGAUAUCUUCAGGAGGGGCAGGUUCUGUCAAAUGCAGGCCACGAUCAAGAGAUGAAGAAGUUGAUCCAUGCAAGAGGUUGGGUUGGUCACAAACCAUCCUCUACAAGGACAUUGAUGCUGAAGUUAAGGACCCUCAGAUGUGCGCCGCUUACGUCACCGACAUAUACGAGCACUUGCGAGAAGCAGAAUUGAAAAGGCGGCCAGCAACGAACUAUAUGGAGACUGUCCAGCAUGACAUCAAUGCAAGCAUGCGAGGAAUCUUGAUUGACUGGCUUGUAGAGGUUGCUGAGGAGUACCGACUAGUACCAGACAGCUUGUAUCUUACAGUGUCGUACAUUGACCGAUACUUGUCACGAAAUCCAGUGCCGCGGAGCAAGCUUCAGCUUGUUGGCGUGACUGCCAUGCUGAUAGCAUCGAAAUAUGAAGAGCUAUAUCCACCGCAAGUGGACGAGUUCUGUUACAUCACUGACAACACGUACAACAGAGCAGAGCUUCUAUUGAUGGAGCGGCACAUGCUGAAUACUCUUCAUUUCGAGCUCAGCAACCCCUCAACCAAGAGCUUUUUGCGGCGCUUCCUACGAGCAGCACAGGCAAAUGUACAGCUUGAGUUCCUGGCCAACUUCCUUGCUGAGCUUAGUCUCCUCGAAUACUCGUUCCUCAAGUACCUCCCCUCGGUCGUCGCUGCCUCAUCAGUCUUCAUUGCCAAGUACACGUUACAACCAGAAAAGUCACCUUGGACACUGACUUUGCAACACUACACCGGAUACAAGCCUUCGGAUCUCAGAGAAUGCGCGGAAGCCCUCCACCAGUUGCAGCUCAACACGAAGGGGUGCAAUCUGCCAGCCACUAGGGAAAAGUACAGGUCCACAAAGUACAAAUGCGUAGCCGCAAUUCCGCCACCUGAGUGGCUCCCUUUGGACCUCUUCAAUGAUGCGGUUCCCUUAGAUCUUCUUUGAGCUCGCAGCCAUGCUGGUUGCAGCCGGGAAGGCUAGAAGGUAUUUGCAUUCUGAGUUGUAGAUCAGCCGAAGUCAAGCCACUGAUGGCCGUUGGUAGAGCUUGAGGCGCACGCACUGGUAUCAAGUGACCUGUCUUACCCUUCGAAUUAAAUCGAUCACAAACAUAAGCACGUUUUUGAACUGAUUGUGGAGGCUUUCGUCCUGUAGCCUGGGCGAACUAGAAAGGUGCAGGUCUGUAGACAGUUUGAUCACUGGGAACGGCAGGUUGAGGUGUAUAUCAAAUCGAAGUACACUCGUAUCCCUCCGGGGGUGUAAUGUAUCAUUUGGUGACAGCCAUAUUGAAAGAGAACGGGAA